AUGCCCAGACAGGGAAGAUGGACAUUAACAGUGGCGCUGGAGACACCGACCAAGAAGCACACUGACUUCACGCUCGUGGAGGUUAACAAUCUAUACGAGAUAUCGAACCUAGAGACGCCCGGCAUACUCGACCUUACUCCAUUUGAGGGUGUCUCAACAGAGGCACUGGAAUCAGACCUGCACAACGAGUCACUACGGAGGCUGCUCGAUGAGCUUGACUCACGCAUCCGCGCCAUACCAGCAGACACUUUCAACGAGGCUACAUGCUCUGCCUAUGUAUGCUCGUUCCUCACGCAGGCUGUUCUAGUCUUCAAUGGCGAGCUGACGCUUGCACCUGAGAGACCGCUCCGAGGCAGACAUGGUCAUGGCAAGGUCGUCUGCUCCAUCGAGUCUCUCGCCAAAGAUGGUGCGAGACACAAUCUUGUGCAGCUGGAGUUAUCAUUGACUGUGAGGAAGCGCAAGCGCGGCAAUGACGACGGUGGCGAUGGAGAGCUAGAAGAGGACAAAUCCGUCCCCAUGAGAGCAUAUGGCAUUGCCACAGAUGCUGCCUACUGGUACUUUGUGGAAUGGAGUAUCGACCAAUCGCAAGAGUCAUCAUCUGGGGACCAGGAUAUCGAGGCUGGAUGA